GAUCGUCAUGGCGCCGUACAUUGAGAGCGAAUGUGCAGCGUGAGCGUCUACGUUUGAUCCAACAGGUUGUUUUGUUCCCGGAGCUCCUUUUGAGGCAUGUUAUCCGUGUUCUUGGGAAGAGCAAGUGCUACAUUUUUAUUGUAGUGACGAGCAACGACAAGAAGCAAGAUAAUCGUUUCAGGAAGGAUAUACAGUGUUUACCAACCAAGCAGUUGCGUUUAAGCUGUGAUGUCCUCGUCCUCCUCUAGACUCCGCCAGCCACCCCGCAGGAAGAAGCACUACCCGAGCAGCACCUUUCAUACAGCCGUCUGACAGCGCGAGGUGGAGAGCGCAAUAAGGAGCAGUCGGCUUUGACGCAAUAAGGGAACCACCGGCGCGCUUGAAUCUGAAGGAUUGCACCACUUAUUGGGCAAAAGAUAAACAACAGUUAGCCAGGUUGGGUUGGGCAUCAUGUCAGCCGUAGCAGGUGCAGGUGACUCUGGAAGUGUUACAGGGGCAGGACAGGAGGCAGAGGGGGACGGCGAGCCACCCCAGCCUCCCUCUGUACCCCAGGGUCCGGAGCCUGAGGAAGAGGAAGUAGAGGAAGAGUUGCCCCCGGCUGCCAAACAACCGCGCCUGGAAGAGGCAGUGGAAGUGGCUUUGGCCUGCAAUUCCCAACUGCCCGCUGAGCCUGGGGACGGGGAAGAUGGCGGCUGUGACCACUCUCUACAGCUGCAGGACACCGCUGUGGAGGAAGCAUCGGUGCCGACCCCGGAGCUGGGAGAGGGAGAGGGAGUGGGAGAGAGAGAGGAAGACAGGCCACAUAACGGACAGCAGACCCCCACAAUGAUGGAGGGAAGAGAGGAGGAGGAGGGAAGAGAGGAGGAGGAGCGAGAUGAAAUCCAGGAUUCAGAGUUGAGCCCGCAGGAAGGCCAGAACCUGGGUCUGGAUUUAAACCGAGCCCCCCAGAUGCUGACUGGUGCCUGGGCUGAGUACACUAGCUCUCCAGAGAACUACCUCAAGGGAUGCAAGUGGGCUCCUGAUGGAUCUUGUAUCCUGUCCAACAGCGCUGACAACGUGCUCCGUGUUUACAACCUCCCGCCGGAGCUCUACAGCAACGACUGGGAGCUGCUGACUGAGAUGACUCCAGUGCUGAGGAUGGCAGAGGGGGACACCAUCUAUGACUACUGCUGGUAUCCCAAGAUGAGCUCCCUCGACCCCACUACCUGUUUCAUUGCCAGCAGCAGUCGUGACAACCCAGUGCACAUUUGGGACGCCUUCUACGGUGACCUUCGAGCGACCUUUCGACCCUACAACCACCUGGACGAGCUGACUGCGGCUCACUCUCUGUGUUUCUCUCCGGACGGCUCCCAGCUGUACUGCGGCUUUGAUAAGAUGGUGCGGGUCUUCUACACCGACCGCCCCGGGCGUGACUGCGAGGAGAGACCCACCACGGUGAAGAAGCAGGGGCAGGGUGGCAUCAUCUCCUGCGUGGCGUUCAGCCCGUCCCAGUCCCUGUACGCCUGCGGCUCGUACUCCCGUACGGCGGGGCUCUACUCCUGCCGGGACGGGGACCUCCUGGCCCUGCUGCCCUCCCGACCCCACGGGGGCGUCACGCACCUGCGCUUCUCCCCGGACGGGACCCGCCUCUACACCGGGGGCCGCAAGGAUCAAGAGAUCCUGUGCUGGGAUCUGCGGGAUCCGGGGCACAUUCUUUUCUCCCUGAACAGGAAUGUCAGCACCAACCAGAGGAUCUACUUUGACCUGGACCCGUCAGGACAGUACCUGCUCAGUGGAAACACCGAGGGGGUAGUGUCCGUUUGGGACACCUCUGUUGCCCCUAGUGGCAGUGAAGCCGUACUGCAACCCCAGCUUCAGUUCCAGGCCCACACAGACUGCACCAAUGGCAUCAGUGUGCACCCCUACAUGCCCCUGUUAGCCUCCUCCAGUGGGCAGAGGCAGUUCUGCUGGCCGGAGGGCAGCGGGCAGGACUCUGACUCUGACUCAGACAGCGAAGCCGUGAUGGCGCCCCAGCGAGGUCGUCACGACAACGCCCUCGCCAUCUGGUGGGCGGGGCCUCUCGGCUCGGCCAAUGAGGGGGGGCAGGAGGUGGAGCUGCCGGCGUCGGAGGUCUAACCGAUGCCCCCCCCCCCCCCCCCAUCGCCCCCGCACUGAACGAAAUAACCGACUCAACUGCCAAACUGCUGGAGUACCCGACUGUUCAGGGCGUGCCGCGGUGGUGUCCAGAGAGUGUACGCCUUAACGAGGAGGCACAAAUUUGGAGGGGAAAAUAAUGUCUGUCCCAGUCUAACCAAAAAUGCUCAGGUCCAGAGACGAGUUCGGUUCUGGAAUGUAUGUCUUCACUGGGGUUUUCUUUCAUGCAAGUGCUUAUCUCUUUACGGAAAUAUUCAGACCCAAUGCCCCAAAAAUGGACAAGUUUCAAGAAGAGUGCCAUUCAAAAAUCGGGUCAUUUGUUCGUAAAAAUGAAACGGUGAAUUUUUUACAUUUCUGUGUGCCAACAUUGUGUUGUAUACCGUGAUCAACAUAUUUUUGUAAGUCCGUGAUAAAGGUUUUUGAACAUGCUCUGUGCAUUUUCUGCGUAUAUGUGCAGGAUUUUAGUGUGUUUGGACUUUUCCCUGCAACCCUGUGUGCACACCAGUGUGAACGUGUGUCUGCACGUGUGUCUAUAUAUAGUGCAUAUGUGUUUGUGUGGCUGGGUCUGUGAGUGUUAAAGCGUGUGUGUGUGUGUGUGUGUGUGUGGCUGGGUCUGUGAGUGUUAAAGCGUGUGUGUGUGUGUGUGUGAGUCUGUGAGUGUUAAAGCGUGUGUGUGCCUGUGGCUGGGUCUGUGAGUGUUAAAGUGUGUGUGUGUGUGUGUGUGUGUGUGUGUGUGUGCCUGUGGCUGGGUCUGUGAGUGUUAAAGUGUGUGUGUGUGUGUGUGUGUGGGGCUGGGUCUGUGAGUGUUAAAGCGUGUGUGAGUGUGAAUGUUAAAGUGUGUGAGUGUAUUGUGUAUGGCUGAUCGUCGUCGUCUUGUUUAGAUGCAGGAGGUGACGGUGAUUAUGAAACCGCUUUUGAAAUGUUAAGUGCUCUGGCUUUUCCGGAAGCUUCAUGAUG